AUGCGUCAGGCUGCAUCGCUCACGAAUUGGGAUUCCCGAAACCCUGAGGAUGUGGAUGUAUCCUGGGAGGCACUAGCCGUAAAAGAUGAGGACAAAUCGGAGAUGCUGGCAUCACAUUAUGCCUCAGUGUACACCCCAGCCUCCAGCACACUGGCACAUCUACUGGACACUGACACUGCGCUGAACUGGGCCCCAUUUACCAUCGGAGAGAUGGCCCUGGAGCUACGUCGACUAAAGGUUCACCAAUCACCUGGACCCGGUGGUGUGCAUCCGCUGAUCCUGAAGCAGCUGGCAGAUGAACUUGCAGCGCCACUGUGCAACCUGUUCCAUUUGUCAUUCACUCAAGGGCGUUUACCGCGGUAG